AUGACUGCGGGGUACCCGAUCGUCUCCACUGUCGUCCCAGUGACAGUGAUUUCAGUGACAGUCCCGAGUUUGAUAACUGGAAACACAAAGAGUACAGAUGCAUCUGUGGAUGACUCCGUGGAUAUGCUUAUUAAAGAUACUCAGCUUCAUCGUGUUGUGACAGGCAGUUCUAUGCGAUUUUUCAGUCCACAGUUCACUUACGGGGACCGGAUGUGGUCGUUUGGUGUCGGCCUCUUUCUGAUCGAGCUAGAACCAGACUCUCUGCAGCUCACGGCGGUGUACGGCCUCUGUCAAGGAGCGGCAGUGUUACUACUCGGCAGUCUGAUUGGAAGUUGGGUGGACCGAACGGCACGGUUGAAAGCUGCCCGCGUGACCCUUGUCUGCCAGAACGUUUUUGUCAUUCUCGGUGCGCUGGUUGUGAUAUUGUUGCUGGCUUUCAGGUCUCAGAUCGCAGAGAUUUGGGACGGUUGGUUGACGGCACUUUGCCACGCGCUUCUCAUUCUCUUUGCCGUUCUGGCUCGGUUGGCGAGUGUCGGGAACACCAUCUCUAUCGAACGUGACUGGAUAAUCGAAAUAUGUGGUCGUGACUCGGAGAGAUUGACAAAAAUGACGGCCACAUUACGGAGGAUUGACCUGCUCACGAAUAUUACCGCUCCAGUCGCUACAGGUCAAGUCCUUGGGUUUGGGUCCAUCAUCUCAGGUGCCAUCUUUAUCGCCUCGUGGAAUUUUGUCUCCGUUUUCGUGGAAUAUGUCCUCAUCAAGAAGGUUUACGUCUCCGUUCCAGCACUCGCCAAAAAGAAGUACAUUUCAGGAAAUGAGAAGGAUCUGGCGACCUCGGAUGACAUUGUUGUGAUGGAAAAUUCCAGACCUAGGAAAGCUUUGCGGAGUUGUUGCUAUACCGUGUUCAGUAGCCUGAUUACCCUUGCCCGAGGGUGGAAGGUAUUCAUGAGGUACAAGGUGGCGUACGCCGGCAUAGCUCUGGCCUGCUUGUACAUGACGGUACUGGGCUUUGACAACAUAACUACAGGCUACUCCUACUCACAGGGGAUGUCGGAGUCAGUCCUCGGGCUGAUCAUGGGCGCAGGCGCGAUCGUAGGAAUUCUGGGAACGUUUGUGUUUCCACUUUUGAAAAGUCGUUUCGGCCUGGUCAGAACCGGAUUGAUUUCUAUGGCAACAGAGACGAUAUGCCUGACCAUGUGCAUUGCCUCGAUCUGGUCUCCCGGAAGUCCCUUUGAUCCAUUUUAUCUUCGAACAUCGGAAGUGACGACACGUACAACUGCGAAUGAGACUUGGCAACUCACAACACAAGUGUACUCAGUGCUCUCUGAUGACCGACCUCAGGAAGCAGAGGUCUAUUUCUGGGAUGAGAUGAUGUCGGUUUACUCCAACACAUCGGGGUUGUUGCCAGCCAUUGAAGACAACUCUACCGCAGUAACUCCUGCAGAGGGAGGUAACUCUUUUAUCUCCCUCACUUUGAUGUUGACGGGCAUCGUGACAGCCAGAUUUGGGUUGUGGAUCUCGGAUCUGGCGAUCACCCAGCAAGUACUGGAAUCCGUGGAUGAGCGAGAACGGGGUUCGUUUAGCGGAGUCCAGAACUCUAUCAACAUGCUGAUGGAUCUUCUCAAAUUUGCCAUGGUCGUCGCCGCGCCAGAACCAGAGUUCUUUGGGAUCCUGGUCCUCAUAUCGUUUGCAUUCAUUCUCCUCGCGAAUGUGUUCUACGCAGUGUAUUCCCGUAAAGUACGUCAUCACAUUUUGCCGUUCCACUCGCUGUUGAUUUCAAAGUCGAGUGGUCGGGCCAGUAAGCGGAUGGUGGCAACGCCAUGA